CGCACGUCGCUACGCGGCCGCGACCUGGCGGCGACUCACACGAUACCUGCAAUAACCCGUUUAUUAAUCAGACUCUCGUAUAAAUAGUAAACUACCCUCAGUUAGUGCUACGUCUAUAUAAGAAAGGCACGCUGACGCCGCGCCGCGCCGUACCCACGUGCCCAUCUCGUUGCUCAAUUUAGUCUUCCGCGAAUAUAGCCACAAUGGCUUGGGGAUACUGGUCCGCGUCUUCCGUGCUCCCCGAUAGGGGUCGCAGCCCUCGCCGCGCGGGGACCUCCGUAGUGCAUUCCCACCCUAAUCCACCUACCGCGAGGGAGGUCAUGGAGACACAGGAUGAGAGCAUCAUCCAUACCGCGUCUACCUCCCGCGACAGUCGGGAUCACUCUGCCUCUCCCCACUCCUCUUCCAACGGGGGACACUCCCAUCAUCACGAAGUAAGACACGCUGUGCCAGCGAGCGCACUAUUUGGUGAAAGUUACGGGGAGCUAUCGAGACGGCCAUCCCUCGAUCUGGGAUCAGUGCGGAGUGCGUUAGCGUCCUGUUCUGGUGGUGGGACGCUUAGUGCUGGGUCGACGUUGACCCGCGGUGGUACAAUAGCGGACUAUUUGCCCCCGGUCCCGUGCCCCCAUCACCAUAGAGUGUACGUGGAUCACCAUAAACACUAUGAGCAGCCGAUACAACCAGUGCAUGUGGGUGUGCCGCACCAUUCACAUUCUCACUCACACUCGCACGCGUCCAGUCGACAUCACACAGACGAUGAGGAUGAUUUGGAACCAGCAUAUGCUACAGUAUUCCCCAAUGUACCCGCCGCGCCUGGGAUGCCAUGUGCUGGAGAGGACAGAAGCAUAUACAGGCGUGGCGCCCGGCGGUGGCGGAAACUGUACCGCGUCAACGGACAUAUAUUCCAGGCUAAACGAUUUAAUAGACGAGCCUUCUGUGCCUUCUGUCAGGACCGCAUCUGGGGUCUCGGCAGGCAAGGGUUUAAAUGCAUCCAAUGCAAGCUGCUGGUGCAUAAGAAGUGUCACAAACUGGUGCAGAAGCCCUGUUCAAAUGAACACGUUGAUCCUAUCGAGGUUAAGGAUGACGCUAAUGGCGAGAGCACGCUGGGAAGAGCACCUUCAGUCAGGUCUCGUGAGGAACCAGAGCCUCCUCUUCCGGAGACGCCACCAGCGCCGUUACCUCCAACCAUCAGGAAUGAAGACUUGGAGCCGGGCUCGCAGAGGCAGUACUCGCUGGAUGACUUUGAGCUCAUCAGGGUUAUUGGACGAGGGUCUUAUGCUAAGGUGCUGAUGGUGGAACUGAAGCGAACCAAGCGCGUGUACGCUAUGAAGGUGAUAAAGAAGGCUCUGGUGACGGAUGACGAGGACAUCGACUGGGUGCAAACUGAGAAACACGUGUUCGAGACCGCUUCAAACCAUCCGUUUCUGGUGGGACUCCACUCGUGCUUCCAAACGCCAAGCAGAUUGUUCUUCGUCAUCGAAUUCGUACGUGGUGGAGAUCUUAUGUUCCAUAUGCAGCGUCAGCGUCGUUUACCAGAAGAACACGCUCGGUUCUACGCAGCGGAGAUCUCUCUCGCUCUUCACUUUUUGCACGAACGUGGCGUCAUCUAUCGGGACUUGAAACUGGACAACGUCUUAUUGGACCACGAGGGACACAUCAAGCUCACUGAUUACGGAAUGUGCAAGGAGGGCGUAAGACCCGGCGACACAACGUCGACUUUCUGCGGGACACCCAAUUACAUUGCCCCAGAAAUACUACGCGGGGAGGAAUAUGGCUUCUCAGUGGACUGGUGGGCUUUAGGGGUGCUCACAUAUGAAAUGUUGGCUGGAAGAUCUCCCUUCGAUAUUUCACACGCAGCUGACAACCCUGAUCAGAACACUGAGGAUUAUCUCUUCCAGGUGAUUCUAGAAAAGACGAUUCGAAUCCCGCGUUCUUUAUCCGUGAAGGCUGCGUCGGUGCUGAAAGGCUUCCUCAACAAGAAUCCGGUUGAGAGACUUGGAUGUGGAGACACUGGUUUCAGAGACAUCGUUAACCAUCCGUUCUUCAAGAGCAUUGAAUGGGAAAUGUUGGAGCAGAAACAAGUAGUUCCACCAUUUAAACCUCGUCUGGAAGGAGAAAGGGACCUCGCUAACUUCCCACCAGAGUUCACCGAUGAGCCUGUGCGACUCACGCCCGAUAAAGAUAGCGAGAUAGCGGACAUCGACCAAUCGGAGUUCGAGGGCUUCGAAUACGUGAACCCACUCCUCAUGUCCCUCGAGGACUGCGUGUGACACCACGCCUGUCUGCUGCACCCAGGCGACAAGCAGAUGUACGGGUACAGCGCGGAAUCGUCAUCAUCAGACUACGACUCGGUCUGUUCGGAGAGACCUUCCCGCAAGCCCACGCUAUUGCAGCACAUGUUCUGCUUGCCGCUCAACUGACGCACGAAACACACGCAACAAACCAAACAAGCCACAAUGCAACGAUCAUUCGGUAAACAUACACAACAACCUAUCACUACACAGUCUUACAAUACUCUGUCUUAUAAUACAUCGUCUUGUAAUACUCUGUCUUACAAUACACAAUCUCAUAAUACGUCGUCUUAUAGUACACCGUCUUGUAAUACACUGUCUUACAAUACACAACAGACUUUUAAGCCAUUAACAAGACAGAUGUCUGAUUUAUCACAAUCAUUACAUCGACCGCCAUUAGGUAUAUCUCGACAGUAUUCGGAUAUAACACAGGAAUCGCUCGGUAUACGCCAAUUGAACUAUGUGUUGUUAAGACGCGGUGAACUUUUAAAUGAAUCUAAUACACAACAGUCUUUUGGCGAACGAUCAGACUUUAAACACACACAUAAAUCUUUAAAACGUAACGUAACAUUUGAUGCUGAUCUUUUGUGAUUUUUUAUAUUUAGUUUCGUUUAGAUUUUAAGAUUUCGUAACAAACAUUUUAUGAACAUUUUAACCUCUUCAAUUUUCUUCUCAAAAUACUAAGAAAGGAUUUAACUUUAGUGACGUCAUUGAGGAAUUGAACAAUCGUUAAAUUCUUUUGUUGUAAUUAUCUUAUUGGUCUCAGUCCAACUCUUAAUAAAGAUAUUUUUAUCGACUUUAUUCAAAGAAAUUUUAAUGGUUUUUAAAUACUAUUUAAUUUAAAAAAAAACAUUUUCGAACUCUUAUUGAUAUUAAACAUAUUUCAGGCAUUUAUCUAUGUCUUCAUUGUUAUUUGAAUGAUACGAGGUUCAAAUUCUUCAUAGAGUUGGUUAUACGUUUAUUUUUUACCCUGAAGUAUGUAAUUUCGAAUAACUGGUACUUAAAUAGUGCCUAAACAUUCCGAAACGUGGUAAUGGAAUUGAAAUACUCAUUGAUUAAGUUAACGCCGGACCGUUACUAGAUGGCGCUGUAUUCAAUUUACAAGAAUCAGUGUUGCAAGUGCUACAACUCGCCACUUCCCAUUUCAGUUACGCGUUCUGAAAAAUAGAAAGUGAAUGCACCAAGUCGAAAGCUUGAUUCUCUUUAUAGAAUAAGAGUAGUAUAAAAAUAUUUAAUAUUUAAAUCCAUCUAGUUCCAGCGUUAACAGAUUGUGUGCGUAACGGGUUGCAACAGACAAUUCGCUUUAUGUACAUAGAAUCGACAUAGUAUUAGAAUGUUUAUUAAAAGUGUGAUAAAGACUUGAAAACUUGACUUUAAUAACCGAAAAAGUAUUAUAUUUUCCAUUUUAAAUUUAUUUAUUUCCGACGUAAUUAUUCUAUUUUCACAGUUAACGCAGUAAUACUUAUUACGAUAAUUUUUAUUUAAAUUUUAUGUUUAAACAAUAUGUUUCUUUUAAACUUGUUUUUUUUUGUUUUAUAUAAAAUAACUAUAAUAAAUAUUGAAGCGGUUUGAAAGUCAAAAUCGCACGUUAGGUAUACUCCUACUAUAUAAUAAUUUCGAUAUAAACUUACCAAAGUGGACUUUGGUACGAUAACGCUGUACAUAACGAUUGAUGUACUAUAGGAUUAUGAGAUUUUCUAUAAGAAAAACUCGUUAAUAAAAUAACCAUUCUAAAUUAAAAAAAUAAAAUUAGUCGAUAUUACCAUUAUUAACACUAAUAAAAAUUAAUUUUCGAGCAAUAAACGUAUUUAAGUACGGCAGAUUUCUGCUCUGAGGCACGUAAGGAAUUAAAAGUAGUGACAUAUGCGCACGCGUCGCGCGAUUGUAGACCUAGAGUAAGCUAGAUCGUAGAGUAUUAGCUAUUGUGACGUCAUUUCUUUGUUGGUUCUAUCUAUUAUUGCUCAAGCUGUCCUAUUACGAAGUGAUAGCUUUCGAUUCGUCUCUUUCGUGAUUACAAUGAGAGGAAAAGAGAUAAAAUUGUGUGAUUAGAGUGAUGUUAUCAAGAGGGUUGCUCCUACAGAUGACUGAGAUGUUUGAAAGGUCAAUUCAGAAGUAGGUACAUAAAAAUAUGUUUGUCGUGACCUUUCUUUGUUUCCAAGGUCAUAAAUGGUCCUUCGAAUCAGAGUUUUUAAAGUAUUUGAAGCUUAAGCGAUAGUACGUUAGACGGCUAAUAUUAUAACCUUUAAGCGUUUAAAAAUAUACUGUAAAUAAAUUUCCGACGUUAUAAAUUAUGUAAAUGCUAGAAUCAUCGCAUACCGAAAUAUUGUUGUUAUUGUACAUAAAGAUUUUCACGCAAUAACGCUUCCGUACGCUUAUGUAAAUUUUGUAUAUGACCGCUGUCUCAGUGUUGCCAUUUACUGUUGUGUAUAUAUGCAAUACUCGCCGUUUUAUUAUGUAAAGCGUACAAUAUCGUUUUAGCUUAGAAGUAAAUACCUCAUAAAGUUACUUCAGUGCGGUGCACUUAAAAUAUAAUCCCUUCCUUAGAUCCUCUUCUAUAGAAAUCGUUAGGUAGCCAACGAAUUUUACAAAUUAAAAAUAAUGAGCACUGAUAAAAUCGUAAUUCAUUCGUUAUCGGAGAAUAUUGUUAAAGUAGAUAAAAAACUUCGUGAACGGAUGUCCACAACUAUUCUAAAUAGUGUAGCGUUAGACAUUUUGCACGAUAAUUUAGUGAUUCGUUCUACACGGCUUUCCCUCGGCAAACCUUUAACGUUGCUGGCGAUUGUUGCGUUGUUGUGUGCGGUGGUUAUUUUCUAUUAAGUAUUUAAUAUAUUCGUAGGCUUAUUUAAGUUAACAUUCCAUUUUGUUUGCACUUAUGACAUCACAUGAGUUUUUGUAUUCUAUUGCAUGAAAAUACCCAAAAGUAAGGCCGCUGCGAGAGUUUAAACGGUUUUGUGGAGUUCGGAGUUCUAAUAUACUUAUCCCAAUUGGUCUAGUUGUUGCCAGUGACAAAUGGCGACUUGCAUUAUUUUACCACCAAUAAAAUAAAGGAUACAUUAUUGAUAGAAAUAUAAUUCCUUAUCUUUUCAAUAGAACUGUUUCAUUUCCUUUAUACUAUUGUUAUGCAUAACAAUGCAAGUUUUUAGCUCGUGUAACGUAGCGGCCAUUUUAUACGUGUUUUGUGAUUACGCAUUUUACUUUAGGUGUGGUAUUACUUUAAUAAAUGUAUCUUCUGUAUCACCGAUUAGAUAAUGUUGUUAUGAUUGUGACUGCUUGGGGUGUGACUGCGACUUAUUGUCAAAUUAGACUGGAUGACUUGAAACUGUACUAUUCUAUGCUUAAAUAAAAUAAAGAAGAUUAAUCUGA